AAAUUUUGGGCGCGGCUGCUUAAUGGUCAAUUUUUGAUAGAAUAGUUGUCUGGUUCCUAGUUUCUAAAAUUAAGUUGAAUAUGGAAUUAGACGCACCCAUGCCAUCAGGGGCGCGUAAAGCCAAGAAACGGGCAGCCAAGAAGCGUAAGAGAAGGAACACACCUAAGUACAGAGAUAUGAUAGUAAAAGCUAUCAAGGCACUGAAGGAACCGAAGGGUUGCACUCCACAGGCGAUUGCAAAAUACAUCGAACAUAGAUACAAGAAGAGGAAUGAUUUCGUCAUCAAACACGUCAUCAACUGGCUCGUGCAGAAACGCGUUUUAUCAAAAUAUAAAGGACGCGUGAAGAUCACAGGAAAGAAAUUGAAACUGGGAAAGAGGGGACGAGUUGGCCAGAAAAAAUCAAAGGGAAAAGGAAAAAGGCGUAGACGAUAAAUAUUUUAUGGAAUCAAUAAAAUCUUCAUCGUAU